ACACGAUUGCUGAUUACCCAGCCAGCUACAAACCACCCAUGUCAUUUACCCUUUUCAACGAAUAUUUUCCCCUCCUAGGUAUACAACCUACUUCCAGGGUUAUAUAGAUCAUGUCAUAUCAUAUAUAUCUACCGUGCACUUUUAGGUUAGUGCCGCGGUCGUUAUCCGAUCCUCUGAACCGCCGCCCCUCCACCCCCCCCCCGGGGGCAGUAGUCCCAUCAUCUCUUUAGCCCCUUUUGCGAUCUCCAACAUCCUCUAUCUAGCGCGAUACCCCAUGCACCUGCACCAACCCUCAGUAUCACGGAGCGUAGCAAGCAAAACAAACCUCUCGUCGCACCGUGAAAGGGGGGUGGGGAGGGGACUGCUUUGAAAUAGGUACCUAACGCCAUAGCCCGGCGCAGCAAAGAUGGUGGCACUCCGCACCAUCCUUACCAUCGCGCUACCCGUAACCGUCGGCCAGAACCCCACGGCGCACUAUCCGGACAUGCGCACAGCCGUGUAUCGAAGAGGCGAUCAGCACCUGCGCCAGCGCCGAGGACAGCAGGUGCCUGCAGCUCGUGGGCGCGUUCAGAUCAGCAAGCGCCCAAUACUGCAGCGAAGCCGCGGCAGCGGCUUCCACGUAUGCAGGGUUGCCGGGGCGGUUCACUCACAGGCCAGACCUCGGCGGCACGCAGAUGAGCAGCACGUCCGCACCAACAACCUCCGCCACAUCACCAAGUGCUUCAUACUCCCGUCGGCGGCGGGAUCGGCACGAUCUUUACAACCGGCUGCUUAUUCAUUCCUCUUCUCGGGAAGCAGCCCUCGACGAAGCGCAAGAAACAACAACAAGAAGAAGAAAACGAGGAGGCAGCAGCAGCAGCAGCAGCAAACAACCAGAGUGGGGGGGCAAGCACACCAGCAACGACAGGGCGCAGCUGGAAGGCAAAACCCCAUCAGCGAACUGCCCACCUCGCACACGCCGCUAUCAGGCCUCGACGGGGUAGAGGAGUUGCCGGCGCAGGAGAAAGCCGGUCGAGCUUAG